GACUCAAUAUUAGCGUUUCUUGCAACACAUCAGAGCCUCUCAACUAGUCAAGGACGUAAAGAGGCCGAUGUUAGUAAGAUUAGCUGAGCUCACCUGUCAAGUAAACACGCCAGCCGAGUCCGACGGUCAAAGUUGAUGUCACUUCAGUGAAGGGACCAGGCUUGUCCUGUGGGGUCACCUGCAGUUAUGAAUGUGAACAAUGAUGUGGAAAAGCUUUUAAAUGGUGAAGGACUAGAAGUGAACGACGAGUUCGAUUCGGCACCCGCAGAGGUCCAAGCAGUUGCCUUGAGGAAAACGAUAACCUACAUCGUCAGCGCUGUCAUCUUCAAUGAAAAGAAUGAGGUGCUCAUGGUGCAGGAGGCCAAGGAGAAUUGCUACAAACAGUGGUACCUUCCAGCUGGCCGUAUGGAAGAGGGAGAGAGCAUUGUGGAGGCCAUGAGAAGGGAAGUGAAGGAAGAGGCAGGAUUCGACUGCAAACCCAUUACCCUGGUUCUGGUCCAAGAACAGGGGCCGCAGUGGAUCCGAUUCGUUUUCUUGGCGGAGAUUACAGGAGGCUCCCUGAAGACGAUGGCAGAGGCUGAUGCAGAGUCUCUCCAGGCUCAGUGGUGGGACCAAGACUCCCCACUCACCUUGAGGGGUCGUGACAUCCUCAGACUCAUCGAUACCGCCCUGAAAUACAGAAAGAAGCCCUGGCAUCCUGUGGCUCACCCUAUAGACAUGUGCUGCCAUGUUGUUGUACAGCGACUUCUCCUCACUUUCAGCAGCUCUGAUGGGGUGCUUUGGCUCCUUUUGGGCAACAUUAAGGACCUGCACCUCCCUGUGGCCGUGUCUGUGAAAACCCACACAGUCACAUGGGCGGCCAACACAUUGGUACAAGAGGCCAUGCCCUCCUCCUACUACGACCUCAACGUCAACACAAGGGGAAUCCUGGGAUUACAGCACAAUGGAAGGGUCCCUGGGAAGACAGAUGGACUCUGCUUCAACACAGUGGUGUCUUUGGAACACACUGGGGAGGGGCCACACACCAGUCAACCACCACUGAUCGAGAGCCCUCGCUUUCAGUGGUACAAAGUGGAGAAUCCUCAGCUAAGAGACAAGAUUCAACAGAGAAUAACUACUGGGUCCUUCCUUCCAGUGCAUAGUCUCUACUAAGGGAGGUGGUGAAAUGACAUCCCAAAAACAACACUUUUUACUUGAAGAUGAUUUUGGGAAUACGUGGGGCAAGUACCUGUCUGAGCGGCCAAAAGACAUAUGUACCCUUGAGAGCAGACAUUACAACGUUUAUCAAUUUGUACGUCAUUUAGCAAACACUCUAAUCCAGAGCGACUGACAUAAGCGAGUACAUUUGGACUUUUUCAUACUGGUCCCCCAUGGGAAUCAACCCACAACCCUGGCGUUGCAACAGCCACACAGGACCACCAUUCCGAAAACUGCUGGAAAAGAUUGCAAAAAAACUUUUCAGAAAUAAUUUGAAAAAUGGACUGCAAUACAGAAUAGGGUCAACCUUUUGAUCAAACGUUCAAUCAAGUCUGCUAUUAUUCAAAAACUACAUUCAGCUACCAAUCAUGAUCUAGCUUCAUAUGAUCCAUUUUAGAUAAGCUGCAUGAAAUCUAAUACCAAUGCAGAAAAAUCAAACUACUGUUAUGACAGGUUGACUCAGCAAUAUGAUGUUGUGGCUUCUGACAGAGUAUGAAGCAAAAAUAAUCUCUUCAGCUAUCACAUUGUAGGAGAGGGACGCAAACUUCAAUGCAGAUACUCUCAGCAUUAUAUUUGGUUGCACUGCUGCUCAUGUUGCUGAGUCUAUUUAAAAUUCAAGCUAAAUACUUUGAGGCUCAUCUCAAUUGUUAAGUUGCAUGAUCAUACUUUACAAAGGAUUGUACAGAGACUGAUGUUUAAAACAAUGUAUUAAGACCGAUGUUGUGACCCUGGUCCACAUAAGACACCAGACAGAAAUAAAACGUGAGAAAAGGCAA